AUGGCCUCACAUGUGCAAGUUUUCUCCCCUCACACCCUUCAAUCAAGUGCCUUCUGUAGUGUGAAGAAACUGAAAGUAGAGCCAAGUUCCAACUGGGACAUGACUGGGUACGGCUCCCAUAGCAAAGCGUACAGCCAGAGCAAGAACAUACCACCUUCUCAGCCAGCCUCCACAACCGUCAGCACCUCCUUGCCAAUCCCAAACCCAAGCCUACCUUACGAGCAGACUAUCAUCUUCCCAGGAAGUACUGGACACAUAGUUGUAACAUCAGCAAGCAGCAAUUCUGUCACCGGGCAAGUCCUCGGUGGACCACAUAACCUAAUGCGUCGAAGCACUGUGAGCCUCCUUGACACCUACCAAAAAUGUGGACUCAAACGAAAGAGUGAGGAGAUUGAGAACACAAGCAGCGUGCAGAUCAUUGAAGAGCAUCCACCCAUGAUUCAGAAUAAUGCCAGCGGGGCCACUGUAGCUACUGCCACCACAUCCACUGCCACCUCCAAAAACAGUGGCUCUAACAGCGAAGGCGACUAUCAGCUGGUUCAGCAUGAAGUGCUGUGUUCCAUGACCAACACUUAUGAGGUUUUAGAGUUUCUGGGCAGAGGAACAUUUUGGGCAAGUGGCAAGUGCUGGAAACGGGGCACCAAUGAAAUUGUGGCCAUUAAGAUCUUAAAGAACCACCCUUCCUAUGCCCGGCAAGGUCAGAUUGAAGUUAGCAUCCUAGCCCGGCUGAGCACAAGAGAGGCGGCGGAUGACUACAACUUUGUGCGGGCCUAUGAGUGCUUCCAACACAAGAAUCAAACCUGCUUAUGUCUUUGAGAUGUUGGGCAGAACCUCUAUGACUUUCUGAAACAGAACAAGUUUAGCCCCUUGCCCCUCAAGUACAUUCGCCCAGUCCUCCAGCAGGUAGUCUACAGCCCUGAUAAACUCAAAAGCCUGGGUCUUAUCCAUGCUGACCUCAAACAAGAAAACAUCAUGCUGGUAGAUCCAUCUAGACAGCCAUACCGAGUGAAGGUCAUUGACUUUGGUUCAGCAAGUCACGUCUCCAAAGCCGUCUGCUAUACCUACUUGCAAUCCAGAUACUACAGGGCCCCUGAGAUCAUCCUUGGUUUGCCAUUCUGUGAGGCUAUUGACAUGUGGUCCCUUGGUUGUGUCAUUGCUGAGCUGUUCCUGGGCUGGCCGUUAUAUCCAGGAGCUUCCGAGUAUGAUCAGAUUCGGUAUAUUUCACAAACACAGGGUUUGCCAGCGGAAUAUUUAUUAAGUGCAGGGACAAAGACAACUAGGUUUUUCAACCGUGACACCGACUCUCCAUAUCCUUUAUGGAGGCUAAAGACACCAGAUGACCAUGAAGCUGAGACGGGGAUUAAGUCAAAAGAAGCAAGAAAGUACAUUUUCAACUGUUUGGAUGAUAUGGCCCAGGUGAACAUGACAACAGAUUUGGAAGGGAGUGACAUGUUGGUAGAGAAGGCAGACCGACGGGAAUUCAUUGACCUAUUGAAGAAGAUGCUGACCAUAGAUGCUGAUAAGAGGAUCACUCCCAUCGAAACUCUGAACCACCCCUUUGUCACGAUGACACACCUGCUCGACUUUCCCCAUAGUACACAUGUCAAAUCUUGUUUCCAAAACAUGGAGAUUUGCAAGCGCCGGGUGAAUAUGUAUGACACAGUGAACCAGAGCAAAACACCUUUCAUCACGCACGUGGCCCCCAGCACAUCUACCAACUUGACCAUGACCUUUAACAACCAGCUGACCACUGUCCACAACCAGGCUCCCACCUCCACCAGUGCCACUCUUUCCUUAGCCAACCCCGAAGUCUCCAUACUAAACUACCAAUCUGCACUCUACCAGCCCUCAGCGGCACCCAUGGCCGCAGUGGCCCAGCGGAGCAUGCCCCUGCCGACGGGAGCAGCCCAGAUUUGUGCCCGGCCAGACCCCUUCCAGCAAGCUCUCAUCGUGUGUCCCCCUGGCUUCCAAGGCCUGCAGGCCUCUCCCUCCAAGCACGCCGGCUACUCAGUGCGGAUGGAAAAUGCUGUUCCCAUCGUCACUCAAGCUCCAGCAGCUCAGCCUCUUCAGAUUCAACCAGGCCUGCUUGCUCAGCAGGCCUGGCCAGGUGGGGCCCAACAGAUCCUGCUUCCUCCAGCCUGGCAGCAGCUGACUGGCGUGGCUACCCACACGUCUGUGCAGCAUGCAGCUGUGAUUCCUGAGACCAUGGCAGGCACUCAGCAACUGGCUGACUGGAGGAACACACAUGCUCAUGGAAGCCAUUACAAUCCCAUCAUGCAGCAACCUACACUCUUGACUGGACAUGUGACCCUUCCAGCAGCCCAGCCCUUAAAUGUGGGUGUAGCCCAUGUGAUGAGGCAACAACCAACCAGCACCACCUCCUCCAGGAAGAGUAAGCAGCACCAGUCAUCUGUGAGAAAUGUCUCCACCUGUGAGGUGACCUCUUCACAAGCUACCAGCUCCCCUCAGCGAUCCAAGCGUGUCAAGGAGAACACUCCCCCACGGUGUGCCAUGGUGCACAACAGCCCAGCCUGCAGCUCCUCAGUCACCUGUGGGUGGGGUGACGUGGCCUCCAGCACCACAAGGGAGCGACAGCGACAGACGAUUGUCAUCCCUGACACCCCCAGCCCCACCGUCAGUGUCAUCACCAUCAGCAGCGACACAGAUGAGGAGGAAGAGCAGAAACACGCCCCCACCAGCACGGUCUCCAAGCAGAGGAAGAAUGUCAUCAGCUGUGUCACAGUCCACGACUCCCCCUACUCCGACUCCUCCAGCAACACCAGCCCCUACUCAGUGCAGCAGCGCACAGGGCACAAUGGCACCAACACCUUGGACACUAAGGGGGGGCUGGAGAAGCACUGCACCGGCAACCCCCGCACCAUCAUCGUACCCCCACUGAAGACCCAGGCCAGUGAAGUGUUGGUAGACUGUGACAGCCUAGGGCCAGCGGUCAGCACCAGUCACCAUUCAUCCUCCUUCAAGUCCAAGUCCUCCAGCACCGUGACCUCUACCAGUGGCCACUCUUCAGGGAGCUCAUCAGGAGCCAUCGCUUACCGACAGCAGCGGCCAGGCCCCCAUUUCCAGCAGCAGCAGCCCCUCAAUCUCAGCCAGGCUCAGCAGCACAUGGCUACGGACCGCACUGGGAGUCACCGUCGACAGCAGGCCUACAUCACUCCGACUAUGGCCCAGGCUCCAUACACCUUCCCACACAACAGCCCCAGCCAUGGCACUGUACACCCCCACCUGGCUGCAGCCGCCCACCUCCCCACCCAGCCUCACCUCUACACCUAUACCGCGCCCACAGCCCUAGGCUCCACCGGCACUGUAGCCCACCUGGUGGCAUCCCAAGGUUCAGCACGCCACACUGUGCAGCACACUGCCUAUCCGGCCGGCAUCGUCCACCAAGUCCCCGUGAGCAUGGGGCCCCGGGUCCUACCCUCACCCACCAUCCACCCCAGUCAGUACCCAGCCCAGUUUGCCCAUCAGACCUACAUCAGCGCCUCGCCAGCCUCCACCGUCUACACUGGAUACCCACUGAGUCCUGCCAAGGUCAACCAAUACCCUUACAUAUAAACACUGGAGGGACCCGCAGGGAGGGGGUGGAGGAGCUCCCAACAGACCUGGGGAGCUGGGGUUUAUACUGCAGGUGCCGCACACAAACAAUGCAAAUGGGGCAGGGAGGGGGGACAGUUGGGACACAAGUGAGACUUGAACUAGGAAGUGGGAGGACGUAGAGCAGAGAAGAGAACCUUUUAAAAGGAAGGGAUUAAGGAGUGGGAAAUCUAUGCUUUUUAUUUUAAAAAAGAAAAAGGAAAAAAAGAAAAAGAAAAAUGUUAGUAACAAAAGAGGAAAAAAAGAAAAAAACUCAGCUCACAAACCCAUUCUGCACCAAACUGGAAAGGAAAAGAAGAGCUACAGGAAGAUUCUGGAAGCAAGGGGCCCCAGUUUUUGAAGAACUUUAUGAACUUUUUAAAGAUUAUUUUCAUAUGGCAGCAAGUGACAUUGAAGAAUUUGCUGUCAGGGACACCUGAUAUGGAAAUCCAAUAGAUUUUUUUAAUUAAUUGAACAUGAAAAUUAGGGAUUUUUCCGGAACUCCAAAAGGGUCAGCACCCCUUUCAAAUAUCAGGCCGUGACCUGAGGGGGCUCAUAUUUGGGGAUUGGUCUGGGGUUGGCAAAGUACAGUUCUGGCUGAUCCGUCAGGAACAGUGGGGUCAGCCAGACUGAUGGAAGACCCCUCAGGAGAGGGGCGGGUUUCCUCUUUUGGGGCAUUCUGGAUAAAUCUCUAAGCAAUGUUAUUCCUCAGAUAUCAUAAUAAUGUGUGUUGCAGUCUUUAAUUUUUUUUUCUUUUCUGUGAUUUUUUUUUUUAAUCUUGAAUCAACCCCUAGUCAUGUAGCAUAGGGCUAGGUCGUCACGGACACCCUAGUAGAAUGUAGCACUCUGCGCCCUCGUUUCCUACCUUGUGUUCAACUCCAGUGAUACCAAUAGACUAUUCCUCAAUAUAAUUGCACAAAACAAGUGAUCUAGCAUAGGCAUGGAACCAAUGUUGUGGUCUAGGUGAACGAGUGAGUGUGCGUGAGCACGUGUGGGUGUGAGCAGGGCUGCCACCCUCCCCGUGUGUCCCUUGGCACCGCCGUCACAGCCCUUGCAGUCUUGAUUUUACAUCAUUCCCUCCUAGUGCCUUAACGACCGACAGACAGACAGACACGGUGAAGGGUUACUUCCACUGGUACUCCAAGGAACUGGCUGGGGCAGGUCAGAUAUGUUCUCAGCUCUUUUGUUAAGCAGUUAAGAGUAUUUUACUUGGAUCUUUUUGUUUUUGUAUUGUUUUAAUGUCAUGUGGAUUGUCUUUCCUGGGCUCAUUGUGAGCAGAAGGAAAGUAAAUAACUAAAAGUGGGGAGUCGUGGAUCUCAGGAGAGAUGUAAGAGCCAGGUGGGGGACACUGGUGACAGCUGGUUCUUCUGCUGAGUUUUCCUCUGAGGACAGAGGUCCAGAGAGACUCCCCGCCCUGCCCUAGCUCUGCCACACAUGGUGAGAGGGGUCUUAAGGAUGUCAGCUUCGCCUGGCAGCUGCCUCAGCCUCCAGACCCACCACCCACUUCCCCGAGCCAUCUGGGGAGAGGCAGGAGACCUGUUCCCAUUUCUGCUUCCCUCCCCAGUCCCUCCCUCCCACAGAAGCCUGGUAGUCUCAGACACACCUGCGUAUCUCUCCACCAGCUCCAGGGACUGUGGUCGCGCUCCCCUGCAGACCGCCACUGCUAAGUUUGCUGUUGCUUCUUUCCUGAAAUUAACCUAGGUCUCCCAGUCCACUUGGAUCUCUGCCUUUGAGAGAGAUGAGCAGGCAGAGGGGCUGGAGGAACAUUUGGGAAAACACUCCCAUGGACAAUUAAGCCUCAAAGAAAUCUGCCCUUCACCCUCUGCAUUCUGGAUGUUUUCUCCAGCUUUGAACAGUGAGGUGGGUAGGAAUUUUCUGUUCCUACUGAGAAACUCUGAAGCCAUGGAGGUUGGAGACCAGUCAGGUCCAGGAUGGGACAUAGUAGCAUGGUAUGGAUUGUUUGAGCCUGGUGUGAGUCCUAUCUAGCCCCUAGUCCACAUCUUCAGGUAGAAGGUUUGUGGUCAGCAGUCCAGCCUUCCCAGUAUCCCUCCCUGUCUUCCCUCUGCAGGCCCUGAGCAAUCUACUGUGAAAGACUUUCCUCAUGAGACCUGCCUUCCUUCAGUAACGAAGCUUACUUAGCUUUUAGCUGUGAAAAACUCCGGAAAUUCUCCCACCCAUCAGUUCUUAUAAAGUCCCCCAACUGGAUAUGUCUUAGUGCACCUUUGGCCAAAAAGAAGAGAUGCUAGAGCCUGGCGAGGCCUGACCCACCUGCAGCCAAGGACUAGCUGGAAGCAUAGUGAAUGGAACAGGCUUGCAGGAGGAAGCUGAAUCCUUGUCCUAGUCAGAACCACGUUUAGCCCAAGCCUGGCUUUAGCUGAAAGUGAGACAACAGGAAAAGUCAGUUCAAAGUGGGGUGGGGGUCAGAGCCUUUGGAGAACCCCUGAGCCAGAGGUUCCUAGAGCUCCACCAGCGUGGAACCAUCUGUCACGGAGCUGCCAGCAGUCAGGUGGCAGCAGUUUCCCGUGGGACCUUCUCGAACUAAGUCCUGACUGGAAGUGGGCCUGGGUUUCCUUGCUGUGUGGCAGCCUCUGGAGGGCCAGCGCGGUCCAGAGCUGGUCGAGAGGAGGGAUGACUUGUCCCUCCAUCUCUUCUUGUCCACUGACACUGAGGCACCCUGCUCUUCCACCCAUUCUGUCCUUUCCCCUUCUCCUUCCAGACCAACCAUGAAUGUUCCUUGUUGCUCAUAAAGUUAGUCUUAUCGUACUGAUUAUUUGUGUUAUUGCCACUGUAAUUAUGAUCAUUAUCACCUUGUUGCUAUUUUAGUCAGGGUGUGAAGUACACAUUUAUUCCAAGUAUCUUUGUGUUUUCUUCGUAAUAUGUAAAUUUGUUUUAUUAUAGCUGUGAGUAUGUGAGUAGACUGGAGGGACAUACAGAUGUCCAGUCUUGUCUGAGGGAAUGGAGAAAAAAGAAGGAAAGAAGGCUCAGGAAUUAGGAAAAAUUGUUUCUGUCAUCUCUGUCCCAUAGAGAGCUGCAAAGAAGGCUACUGCAAAGCAGAGACUCGGAUACAUUGGGUCCUUCUCGCAUGGCCCAGCUGGGUACUCAACCGCUAUUGGUACAAUGUCUUUUGGACCUUUGGCAGUUUCUCCCAUGUUCUCUGUGUUUCCCUCCUCGUCUGAACUACUGACCAGAUCUUAGCCUGCCUCACAUCUGACAGUCAGCAUCCAAAGGCCCCUCUCAAAGCUGCCCCGACCUUUCCUUACCUUCAGUUUUCCCGUCACUCAGCUCAGCUCUUUCAAUGCAGAGACAGUGGUCCCACCCAGAAGCCAUUAGGUGUAGAGAAGGUGAUGAGCAGCCAGUGCCUCCUUGUGAGAUAUUUCUGCCUCACUCUGUCCUUCUGCUCAGUUGCUACCCUUCCCGUUUCCCUAGUCUGCUUCUUUCCCAGACAUCUUCCAAGCACGCAGUUCUAGGGAGUGAAGUCAAGGAAUGAGACAUGAGAGCCCCACGCAGACAGAGACCAGCAGCUGCUCAGAUGCUGCGGGACUCCUUCUAAAUCACUGGCAAGUGAAAGGCACCUCCCUCCCGGGCUCUAGCUGUGCCCUUCAGUGCAUGUGUUGUGUGGAUGGGUGUGUUUGUGUGUGUGUGUGUGUGUGUGUGUGUGUGUGUGUGUGUUACCCACUGUCACUCAGAACAACCAGGCCUCCGGUGAAGGAAGUUCCCCCAAACAGAAGAUAGUCACUCGGCAAACCUCCAUUCCACUCCCGUGCCUCCCCUGAUCUCAAGUCCAUGUACAAGAGUUACACAAGGCCCCAGCCAGUUAGCACCCUCAUCUAAGUUCCCGAGGUGCUCAUUACCUCAUCCCUUUGCAAAGAUGGAAGAAAGGCUGCUGUCCUUAGUACUAUGUAUGCUCUCAGUGGGAGGGGGCCACUUAGUCCUUAGUAGACCAUGUGUCUCUGGGCCUUCUCUAGUGAAGAAACGCUGCUCAGCUUGAGGAAGAUGAGAAGGAAACAGGUCUGUGGCACCUCGUGACCCUCAGGUCAGCAGACUCUGCUGCUCGCUGGGUUCUUACUGACCAUCUGGGCCUUAGCACACGGGCCUUUGUGUCAGAUGUUGGGGUGAUGUUUUAGGAAAGCAGAUGAGCAGGCCAGUGGGUAGGCAAGGCUGGUGUUCAUGUCAGUUAACCCUGUGAAGUGGAUGUGGUUGGUGUGGUUCAGAGGAAAAGGGGCGGGGGGGGGGGGGGCGGUGUCCCCUGGACUGUGUUCAAGUUUCUCUCCUUCCUGUGGCAAGGUUGUUUUCCACUAUAAAAGCCAACUUGGCUUUGUUCUGUUUGCCUCUAAGGACUGGAGCUGACCGACCAUUGCAUGGAGCAGGUCAGGAAGGGAGGUCAGCACAGCCGAUAGGACCUCCCUAGACCAGCUCUUGGGAGAUGCAGACACUUUUGAACGGUGUGGCAGGGGAGUGCGUUGGCUGACUGUAGUGAGUGGAGUUAAUGUUGAGGAGGCUUAAGGAAGGAAGUAUUCCUGGUGGUUCAUGGUAGUAAGGGUGAUUGGGUCCUCACUCCGUCCCUCGCUCCCCCAGGUUCUCACCAUCUGGCUGAGGGCAGAGUAGGAUGUGCGCAUGGCUCUUGCUGGCCUGCCAAGUAGCUGCUAGGACAGAAAACAGAAGAAAAUUGCUUGGUGCCCUCAGCUAGCAGAGAGAGUUCCGUGAGAGGCAAGGUCUCCUUCCAUGGCCCAGCCUGAAAUCACACAACCCCCCAGCCAGCCAUUGGACCACAGCAUAUUCUGUCCCAGGGUCUCCCGGGCUUCUCUCCUCAUUUCCUGUUUUCCCUCUUACAUGCUUUACAGAUUUUCAGUGGGGGCCUCAAAAUUAAGCAGGCCAGAGAUGUCCUUACCAAAUUAGAGAGGAAAGCAAAAACUGUCCCUUUCUAUAACCAAAGACACCUUUACAGGUGGACAAGUGUCAUCCCCUGUUCCCUUGGGCAAUACUGGCUUCAGUGAUGCAAUUCCAUUGAUUUCCCUCCCGAUCCUGCCUCCUUUUUUUUUAAUCUCACUGCAUUUAUUUCAAAACCACUCAUCUUUAAAGAGGAGUGGAGUCUGGUCCUAAGUGCUGCUGUUCCUAGGGAACUGAGGUCCCUACAGUGUUCAUUUGUGCUUAAUCUCAUGCUUCUGUGGGGAGCUAGCAGACAAGCAAGCAACCCUUCCCUGGUGACCCACUCUGCCUCUCGGGCUCCGGAUGCACAGGGCUGGCUUGAGAUGGCAGCAUCUGUCCACCUGCCCGGUCUCAGCAAGCAGUACUCAGACAAAUCCAUCAAGCCACUAAAGAACCAAAGAUGGCAAAAGGAGGCGUAAUUAAUUGCAAAAGCAACCUCAUGAGCACUUUGACACUGCGGCUCACUGUAGUGACCAACUGAGGCGAGGUUUCCCGGGUCUUUAGAGCAGUCCCCUUCCUUCUGGCUCAGAGUUGCCAGAAAAGAGAUCCUGAGGCUCCUUGUCACAGACCCUUCCCCAAUCCUUUCAGGGUCCCUCAUCCCAGACCCGUGCAGGAGAGCACUGCACAGAUGACCUCCUGCUGCACACAGCAGUGUACUAGGGUGUUCACAGUAUGCUAAGGCCUUGCUGAGCAUCCUCUCCAGACCCAUCACGGCCACCCACCCCUGGCAAGAAGUCAAUACCCCCUGUUUGACAGAUGGAAGAGCUGUCCCUCUGAGAAACUGGAAUGUGUGAAAGGAAAAGCAUGAUAUAUUUCAGAAUCCCCAAGUUUUUAAUCCUAUUUUUUUGUUAAUCAGAACUUUACUGAUGUAAAAUUUUGUUUCCCUGUUUAACUAACCACAGCGACAGCCUAUCUCUAAUGGGUCAUUCAGUGACGCUCCCGUUCCCUGAGUGCCAAACACAGGCUAAGAAUUGCUCAGUGAGCCCCGUGACACCAGCCGCGGCAGUACCUGUACAGAUGAGGCACCUGGCUUAAAGCACCCGUAAGCUUCCCAGGCCACCCAUCUGGUGAGAAGGAACAGGCUUGACCUUCUAUCUGCUUGGCUCUAGAACUAGCUCACAGACCCAAUCUCAGCUGCCUCCCUGUGUACAGCAAGGACAGUCCUUUGCCGAAUAUCACGCUCUGUCUUCCCUAUGCUGCUGUGGGCUCAGCAUGUCUUUGCAAAGAGGGUUCCUGGAUGGGAUGCAGGUGGAAGAGGAAGAGUUUGACUUUAAGAACAGUCGGGAAGUUUCUCUGGAUUCCUGGAAUUCCUUUCUGGUUUCUUUCCAGCAACUAGCUUUAGUCACGCUGCUACAACUGUCAGACUGAAGGGAACAUGUUCUUUUCUUUUAUAAAAAUAAAUAAAUAAGAUGAUUUUUCUUGCUUAUAGUUAAUCCUAGAAAGGCAAUACUAAAAGUAUAUAUUUUUUCCAAAAUGCUAUUUUUUACUGUACUUGAUAAAUAUCUUGGCAGCUCUGAUCUCUGUACCAGACCCUCUCUUCAGCUCUGGGCAGAACCAGGAGCCAGGUUCACACCAAAUUUGUAAAUACCAUCUGGGUCUGUGUCCAGGAACUUUUUUUUUUUUUCUAUGAAGAAACAAACAAAAACAAAAAAGAAGAAAAAAAGAGGAGGAAGGGGAGGAUGAAGGCAAGCUGGGAAGAGGAACAAAAUCGAGUUUUCUUGCAAGAGAGGCCUUCUCAAAGAGAUGGACAGAGCAUGAUAGAGCAAAGCAACCAAGCCAGGAAGUGAGAAAGAGGCGCCUCAGACUGCCAUGCCAUUGGGAGCGCUACCGCCACAGUUUAGUUCCCCCGAGAGGUCACGAAAACCUAGAAAUGCUUUAGGACUAGAUUUUCAUUUCUUAAAGACUCUUACCAUGCACUGUAUCUGCUCAGUUGUUUUGGUUGGGCUUCUUGUUUCUCUUUUCUUUAAAAAUGUAUUUACUGACUGUCUCCAGGCUUGUUUGCCUAAGUUCUUAGGUCGUUUACAUGAGUUCUAAAUUCUUGUAGAACUUUAACUUCAUUGGAAGUAAACCCAGCUAGCACAGCUCUGAGGUCCCGGCUGGCGUCAGUGGUGUCUGGGCCUCUGGCAGAGCCCCUCGCAGCGCUCUCAGAUGGUUUAGAUACGUCACCUUACGCAAACUGUGACCCAAUGGCAAUGAUUACCUCAAAUAUGGGCAUUCGUCCUGGUUUUAGCCUUUUCUGAAAUCAUGUAGCCAGCUUGAUCUUGUCAUUCAAAAGACUAUGAAUUCUCUGUGGGCUGAAAGUAAGGAUUAAUGCAUACCCUGGUCACUGUUGCCGAAGUGAGUCCUGAGAAUAGCUCGCCGCUCCACCAGAAGUGAACCCAAGGAAGAGAUGGCUUUGUGUCAUGAUCAGUGUGAUGUUUGAGGCUGUGUGGAGCGUGUUCCUCACCACGUAACUUGCCCUUUGCACUCUCCAGUAUCAAGUAAACUACACAGUUAACUGUGGAUACUCAAACAUACUUCUGGCUACAUUUUAUAGUUAAAGUAUUUUAUAGUUUACAUUUAACCUGGUACUUUUUAAAAGAAACUUGUUCCUAACUGCCAUCUUCAACCACAGCAACUGAUUGACUCUCACACCAGAAGCUGCGUCUCCCCAAGGCCCGCAUGUCCCGCUGUACUGCUUGUAGCCCGAUAUGCGCAUUUCCUUUAUUAUUGCUUUCCAGGGACCCCGAGAGAAUGAGAGGAAGUCUAGAGGGAAUGGGAGGGGUGAACCCUGAACCGGGCCAGAUGCCGGCUCCCAUGCCAUGUGUCUCGGCACUCGUUGUCGAGGCCUUGACAGCGUGGAGAGGCGCUGAGAAGUGAUCCCUGCUCCGUCAACUUUGUCUUGGCUUGAAUGCCUCCUUCAUGACUAGAUCCCUCACCUGGCAGUGGGUGAUGCUGCUUCUCAGCAGCUCUGAAGGUAUGGUUGCUGUUUCUGGGUCCCCAGUGAACCUCUGGUCAGCAUUUUGAGAGGGAGAACCACACCCUUAUGCCGUUUUCACUGGCCAGGUUUUCCACAUAUCACGGUCUUAGUCAUUUUUCUUUAAAAACAAAACCCAUGUAAAAUGAUGUAUACUUUAAUUUACCCAUUGUCCGGCUACGCUGUGAAACCUAGUUCAGAGGCCUCUGCUGGACAUAGGUGCUUCUGAGCCGAAGGAGAUGGGGUGGGCGAAGGGUGGCCCAUGGCGCUGGGUCCACGGAGGGGAUUUACAGUGACUGAAACAGGCCUCAGAGCCAAGCAUGUGCUCCACUGGUAAGCAGGAGAAGACAGGAAAUAGCAGUUUUCCUGAUCGUCUUGUUGGGUUUGGGGGUGUUUUAUUUUUGUUUUGUGCUUUGUCUUUAAGACAGGGUCUCGCCAUGUAGCACUGGCUGGUCUGGAACCUACUAUAUGGACUGGGGUUUAUUUUUUUUCUUGUGCUACCACUGAACUGUGGAGGACCCAUGGUGAUCAAUGUGUGAUAUGAUUGUUCCCCCAGACACCUUGAGAGCUGCAGCACGAGGUACAGGGCUUCUCACCUCUGCUUGCUUUGCCCCUGCGGCCAGUGCUGACGGUGUGCUCUGUGUCUCUGAGAAUGAAUGUCCUGUACAGUGGUCUUCAUCUCACCUCCUUAGUCACACCCCAAGACUCCUGGUGUGUGUGUGUGUGUGUGUGUGUGUGUGUGUGUGUGUGCGUGCAUGCGUGUGUGUGUGUGUGUGUGUGUGUGCGUGUGUGUGUGUGUGUGUGUGUUUUCCUUUGCACUAAUAAACCAAAUGAAUUUUGUGUCAUUGUCUUUGGAGCUAACCCAUGUUUUU